AAUGACGCAAGCCAGAAGAAUUCCGGUGGAACUCGGAAGAGAAGCGGCUGUAUGGUAUUUUAAAUGAAGAGAUAAAAAUGAAAUCCACGCUCUAGAACUAUGACCACAAUGGAGUCUGAGGGGAAUGCACUCUGUGUUGAGUUUCCGAACUUUUCCGGUUCACUUUUGCAAAAGCUCAACCAGCAGCGCCAGAGGGGACAACUGUGUGACAUCGUUGUGGUAAUCCAAGGCCACCAAUACCGGGCUCACCGGGCUGUCCUUGCCGCCAGCUCUCCCUACUUCUGUGACCAGGUACUUCUCAAAAACAGUGUCCGCGUUGUUCUACCCGAUGUCAUGCAUGCGUGCGUAUUCGAGCGCCUUCUCAAUUCCUGCUACACGGGCACGCUCCUCUUACCUGCAGGAGAGGUCGUAGCUUUCCUUACGGCGGCAAGCUUCCUUCAGAUGUGGCACGUAGUAGACAAGUGCACUGAGCUCCUGGAGGUAGGAGGCUCCUCUAGCUCUUUAGCAUUCAAGUCUGGAGCAGGCCAGGGGGGGUCUGUUUGUGCUAUUGGGGCUGAAGACAGACCCUCCCCUGGAGACAGCAGCUACCAUAGCCCUGGGGAUAACUCCAUGGGCCUUGAGCCGAACAGACAAGCAGUGGAUGGCUUUGCCAAGAUGGAGAUGGAUCAACUUCUGGAAGGCAGCUUCUCUCCACCUGCUCUGGAGCCCAGUGUCCAGCCUAGUGGUAGCUGCUCCCCACCAGCAGAACCUGAGUGCUCAGGUAGCGAGGUUGCCAGUCAGAAUGGAGAGGACGAAGAGCGUGGUGACGGGGCUUUGCAGUACGCUAGACCGACCUAUGUCCCGCCAAGCAUCAUGGGCCACAGGAAGUGGGUCCAUGUGAAAGCAGAGAGGCCUGAACGGGAGGAUUGUGGUGGCUUGUUUUGUGGGGAUGCUGUUGGCACAGACCCAGAAAAGAUUAACUUUGGCCGCUCCCAGCCCUCAGCUAGUUCCUUGGAUAACAGCAUUGAUGAAAAACUUGUCGCUCAAUUGGAGGAGGAGGGCGUAGAUGAUGACCGACCUUAUGAGGAUCCAUUAGACUUCUAUGGUACCACCAUGGGCUUUUCAACUAAUAAGGAUGAUGGGACCUCCUUAGACCUGAAGGAAGAUGCACUAGAAGGGGGAGCUGGCAGUAGUAGUGGUGGUGGGGAACAAACCUCUGGUAGCCAUCAGGAAGAUGCGUCUCAUUCAGGCUUUGCCUCCGUGGUUUACAAGCUCUACCCCUGUCAGUGUGGCAAGAGCUUCACCCACAAGAGCCAGCGUGACCGCCACAUGAGCAUGCACCUGGGCUUACGGCCUUAUGGCUGUGCGGUGUGCGGCAAGAGCUUCAAGAUGAAGCACCACCUUGUGGGCCACAUGAAGAUCCACACAGGCAUCAAGCCGUACGAGUGCAGCCUCUGCUCCAAGAGGUUCAUGUGGAGGGAUAGCUUUAACCGUCACACCUCCUCCUGCACCAGGACCCACCAGGCUAGAGGUGCAGUUAACGAUCAGCCCCCAGCCCAAAUGUGCUGAUUUUAGACCAGAUCCCUUAACCUCAUACACCUCCUCACAAACCUUCACCUAGUGGAGGUUGUUCUAUUCUGCGGAUCCUAGAUCAUGUUUUGUCUUCAAUGAGCAGGCCCCCAGGACCAUAGAUGGUACAUCAGAUAUUUGAUAUACAAGAUUUGUUUUGCAAAUCCAAAGUGUGCCGUAUUAGUGUAAAUAGUGCAAGAGCCUGUCCGUCCAGAUGGAUUUAUCCAAGAUCAGGAUUCUUGGACCCCGCUUUGCAUUUGGAUCAGAUUUGCUGAUGCAAAAUCCAAACCUCAGGUCGUGGGAUAUGGACAGCUACUCCCAUGAAACAUGAGUGACAUGCACAUACUUUUCAAAGACUGUGUGAUCAUGCUUUCUAAGUGGGGUUUGUUUUACCUCAGUAUUCACUUAGUCAUCAACAGCACAAUGGCUAGUCAUUAUCUGUUAUGGUUUCUAAAUCAUUCUUGGGCCUUUCUUUUUUUGCAAAAAAAGAGAGUAUUGUUUUUUAAAGUACCUCCUUUCUCAGGACUUCAGGCCAGAACCUUAUGAGAUAGUGCCAUUUAUUCUGUACAUUUCUCAACAAUUACUCAGUUUUGUGAUCCAAUUGCCUCUUCAUUCAUGUCAUCAAUUAAUUAUAAUUUUGCAUUCCUGUCUUUGGAGGCAAAUAAUAUAAAGGAAUAUAUAUAUAUUUCUCAAUUACUCAUUUCUCAAUUAUAUAUAU